AUGACUCUAGAUGAGAUUUAAAUAAAAUUUUAUAAUUUCUAAGAUACUUUUACCAAAGAUUCAAAUGAUAAAUCGUAAAUAAAAUCUAUAAACACAAAAUUAGCAGAACUAAAUGAUAAAAUCAAAAUCUAAUUUUAAAUUAAGCAAUUUGGAAAUUAAAAAGGACUUUUAGAAAACUUGCCAGAAUAACUAAAUCAAAAAAAUAGAUCUAAAGAAAUCAAACUUUCCUAUUUGAUUAACCCAUUUAAGGUUGAAUAUAUUAAUAAGGUUACUCAACUAUUCAAUUAAAAACUGAAUGAAAUAAAUAAAUCUUCUUUUAUGGAAGUGUUACUAUGGUAAUUACAUUAUUAUCACUCUUUCUCAUAAUAAAACUAAGAAUAAUUAUUGUAAACAAUAUUUAAUUGUAUGGAUAUGACCAUUAAAAUCUAUCGAGAAACUCAAUCUAGAUUAGAAAAUAAAUUAGUUUAGGAGACGAAGUUAUUUAAUUAGUUUUAUUAAAGUUUAUUCAGACAAAGUCCUGAAUAUAAGUUAGAAAUUGAGGAACUUUAUCUAAAAUCAAAAGAAGAUUUGAACAUCUAUCUUGAAAACGAAUUUUUUAUGCUAAUAAAGGAUAAAUUUCCUGAUUUAGUUAAACGGGAUCUAAAAUCAUUUGCUGAUGAUAUUUCUCGAAAUCUUUGGAUGAAAGCUUAAAUAAAAUUAUAAGAAGAAUAUUUUAAACUAGCUCUAGACUCAAUUCUAAACACAAUAAAAAGAUUUGAUGACAUUUGA